UUCAAUCUCCAACUCCCAACAACAAUACUCCUUCCCGCGAUGCACGCGUCGCCGUCACUCCUCCGCACCACGUCGCGCGUCUCGGUCCGGUCUUUUAGCGCGCUCCGCGCCACGGCCCCGUCGCUCAUUGAAGCCAACCACUUCAAGUCGCACCCCAAGACCGACGGCCACUUUGCCGACACCAAGAUCCAGUCGUGGGCCACCGUGCCGCAAACGUGGGACAAUCCGAUCCCGCACGCCAUCUACAGUCCCGACGACCUCGCCAAGAUCCAUCCGACGCACCGCGACCCGGUCGAGAUGCACGCCAAAGUCGCGCUCACUGCCAUCCGCGUCAUGCGCUCGGGCUUUGACUUUGUCUCGCGCUACAAGGGUCCGGGCGGCGGCAUGACGGCGGGUGACUGGGUCAACCGCGCGCUCUUCCUCGAGACGGUCGCGGGUGUCCCCGGCAUGGUCGCCGGCAUGGCCCGCCAUCUCCGCUCGCUGCGCACGAUGCAGCGCGACCAGGGCUGGAUCCACACGCUGCUGGAAGAGGCCGAGAACGAGCGCAUGCACUUGCUCAUCUUCCUCAACAUGAAGUCGCCGGGUCCGCUCUUCCGACUCUUUGUGCUCGGCGCGCAAGGCGUCUUCUUCAACCUGUUUUUCCUCGCGUACCUCACGUCGCCCAAGACGUGCCACCGCUUUGUGGGGUACCUCGAGGAAGAGGCCGUGCACACGUACACGGCGCUCGUCCAGGACAUUGAGAGCGGGCAUGUCGACCAUUGGGACAUGGACAUUGCGCCGCUGAUCGCACGCAACUACUACAAGCUGCCCGAGACCGCGACCGUCCUGGACAUGAUCAAGUGCAUUCGGGCCGACGAGGCCAACCACCGCGACGUCAACCACACGUUUGCUGACGUCGAGUGGAAGACGGCGGUCAACCCGUUCUUGGCCAAGCACGGCUAACGCCCUAGUGUCCCAGUGCAACCAGCCAACGACGCGCGACUCGAUGGCAGAUUUAGCGUCGUCUUUUGUAUGCGCAUCUUCUAAAUGAAACUCAAAUUGUAGGAUUAGAGCUAACAAGUCUGAAAGAAUUUCAUCGGUAGUCAGAUUGCC